GGAAAUGACCCUUCAACCAUUAACUCCAGUGAACUGUGCAGGCCUUCUGCAGCCUGGUUUCUCCCUGCUGCAGCUGGAUGGGGAAGUUCUUUUCUUUGGCCAGAAAGGUUGGCCCAAGCGCUCCUGUCCAACUGGAGUGUUUAGUGUUCGCUUCACAUGUGGAGAGAUGAAGCUGAGGGCCAUCUCUUUCUCCAAUGACUCAUGCUACCUUCCUCCGCUGCGUUGCCCGGCCGUCUGCCGCCUCGACCCGUACGACGGCCUCCCCGAGGGUUACCUCAUCCACGGCGGGCGAACCCCGAACAACGAGAUCUCGUCGAGCCUCUACGUGCUGACCACAGACAGCCGCGGCUGCAACCGCAAACUCACCCUGCGCUGCAAAGAGAAAGAACUCGUGGGAGAAGUGCCGGCGGCCAGAUACGGCCACACCAUGAGCCUGGUCCACAGCCGCGGGAAGACGGCCUGUCUGCUGUUUGGUGGCAGGUCCUACAUGCCUGCAGGGGAGCGGACCACAGAGAGCUGGAACAGCGUGGUCGACUGCCCCCCCCGGGUGUUCCUGUUCGACCUGGAGUUUGGCUGCUGCUCGGCUCACGCUCUCCCCGAGCUCAGCGAAGGCCAGUCCUUCCACCUGGCCCUCGCCAGAGAAGACUGCGUCUACCUGAUCGGGGGUCACUCGGCGGCCUCUGACUCUCGCCCCCCCCGACUCUUCCGUCUGCGCGUGGAGCUCCUGCAGGGCAGCCCCUCGCUUUCCUGUGAGGCCCUCGCGACCGGCAUGUCGAUCUCCAGUGCCAUAAUCAACCGCACGGGUCGCACUCACAAUUACAUCAUAUUAGGCGGCUAUCAGGCAGACUCUCAGAAGAGGAUGGAGUGCAGCGCUGUGAGUGUCAACGAGGAAGGGAUCCACUUUGAGCCUUUGGAAUCACCCAAGUGGACUCCUGACAUCACACAUAGUCGCACUUGGUUCGGCAGCAGCGCGGCGGAGGGCAGCGUCCUCCUCGCUGUUCCCACCGAAGGAAGGCCAUCCCAAGCAGACAUGCACUACUUCUAUAAGGUGAGCUUCCCGACCGAAGAAGAGGCCGGCGGGGAAGAAGGAAUCCAGGGCUGCAGCCAGGACUCAACCGACUACGACUCCACUCCCCUCGAGGACUCCGAGGAGCUCUACUUCGGUCGAGAGCCCCAUGAGCUGGAGGACAGUAACGACGGAGAAGCUGACAAUUACAAUGAGGAGGACGAGGAAGACGAGUCGCAAACGGGCUACUGGAUCAAAUGCUGCCUGGGCUGUCAGGUCGACCCCAACAUUUGGGAGCCCUACUACUCCACCGAGCUCCACCGGCCGGCCAUGAUCUUCUGCUCCAGAGGGGAAGGGGGGCAUUGGGUCCACGCCCAGUGCAUGGAUCUGUCUGAGACCCUGCUGCUCAGGCUCUCCCAGGGAAACAAAAGGUACUUCUGCCUGGACCACGGAGGCCUGCCUCACCAGGAGAUGACCCCGCCUCGACAGGUCCAGCCUCUGAAGCUCACACCCAUGAAGGUUAAGGACAGGAAAACUCCCGCUUCCAUUAAGAUGUCCCCGGCCAAAAAACUCUUUUUGAGGAGGCUUUUUGAAUGACUCCCGUUGGCGAUGUAUGCAGAUGAGAUAACUGGAUUGCUCUGUAUAUUUAGUGUGUUGAUGUU